AAACCAAUUCGAUGUUCAUUUAAUAGGAAAUUUGUUUGUGAAAGAGGCCACUUUAUAGUUUCAUAUUCAUAAGUUGUUUAUCAUCUAAAUACUUUAGUCAAUUUAUUGCGGAUUUUAUCAUUAAAAUCUAAAUUUAUUGGAACUUUCAGUGUUGUUUAAAAUACAAAGUAACUACAUGUACAAGCGAGUGUGAGAGUCUGGCAGGAUGAAGACUUCUUUAGCAUUGCUGUUUGUCGUUACCCUCCUGAUUCCAGGAAUAAAAGCCGUUUGCUGUAAUGAUAGCUGGAUACCUCAUAAUGGUCACUGUUAUUACAUUGGUUAUGGAACGCCUCUUACGUUCUCUGCUGCGCAAGUGUACUGUCAUGAUCGAGGUGCUUAUCUUGUCCGGCUUGACACGUUAGCUGAAAAUACUUUCCUGAAAGAUUUACUUAAGAAAACUAAUGCUGGGAAUACGUGGAUGGGAUUGACUGACAGGACUCAUGAGGGAAUCUGGAGAUGGUAUGACACAAACAGUCAUGCAACAUUCUCUGACUGGGGUCCAGGAGAACCUAACAGUUAUGGUAAUCGCAAUGACGAUUGUGUGCAUUUCUACAAAAGCGUAGACUAUAAAUGGAAUGAUAGUGGUUGUCAUAACAAGUUUACACCUUUGUGCGAAAAAAAUUAAAUGUCCACUCAUCAAAGAUAUAAAAAUUGACUCAACCAUAAUGCAUGAAAAUAGGUCUGCAAUGACAUACAUAAACCUUUGUGCGAAAAAGAUUAAAAGCAUUUCUCGGCGUUGUUUAUCGUGUAUCAUAUUGAAAUGAGAUCAAAAUGUAUUAUUAAUAUUAUUUGAAAAACAGCCAAUCUCGGCAAAUAUUGCAAAAAUCGUUUCAAAUAAAAAUGAGAUGAAUAAUUAUUAGCAAUUUUGCAUCAUAUAUGUUGUUCGAUAUUCUAUUGAUAAAAAAUUCUAUAUAUUGACUAUACUCAUGUUAUGUAUAUGUUUUAAUUGAAACAUGCUGUUUUUUAGACAAAACUUUCAUUUCCGCUUUAAUGUCACGAUCUGUUUAGCAAAAAGUUGAACGAACAUUUCGUCAUCUGUUAUAAAUGUCUUUCUUUUAAGAGAAAGACUUGAUGUCGAAAACUUAAAAGAAAGGUUUGUUUUUAUGGAAUAUAUUAUAUAAAAAUUGUUUUAAGAGCAUUUGUUCAUGUCCGUUUGCUUAUAUUUGAGCUCAAGCUUCUGACGUAAUAACAAAAGAAUUCAUCUGAGUUUUAUUUCUCAGAUUUUUGUAGCUGUAGAUUCAAAAAUGUAACUUUAUCGUUUUCAAUAAACAGAAAUAAUUAAAGACUC